CUGAGGUCAUAUAUAAAUAGCUCCAUCGUCAUAUCACACAGCUCCGGCGCCACCAUUAAAACCGAGUCUCUCUCUAUCUCUCUCUCUGCGAAAUUUCACGGUGAGGUUUCGAAAUGGCGACAGUUCCAGGACAAUUGAUCUGGGAGAUCGUUAAGACCAACAACUGUUUCUUGGUGAAACAGUUUGGAAGAGGAAACGCUAAGGUUCAAUUCAGCAAGGAGAGCAACAAUCUUUGCAACCUUAACUCCUACAAGCACUCUGGUCUUGCAAACAAGAAGACCGUGACCAUCCAGCCAGCUGACAAGGAACAAGCUGUUGUCCUCGCAACCACCAAGACCAAGAAGCAGAACAAGCCUAAGGUCUCUGUCAACAAGUCUAUCCUGAAGAAGGAAUUCCCAAGGAUGUCCAAGGCUGUUGCCAACCAGGUGGUGGACAACUACUACAGGCCCGACUUGAAGAAAGCUGCUCUUGCUAGACUCAGUGUCAUCAGCAAAAGCCUUAGGGUUGCUAAGUCCGGUGCCAAGCAAAGAAACCGACAAGCUUAAGCUUUUUUCAGAAUAUGUUUUUUGAAGUAAAAGAUUUUGCUGAACAGGUUUAUUAAGUUGUUUUGUUGAAGUUGAACUGUAACACUAUCCUCCUUUUCAUUAUCCUUUCCAAAAGGAGUUAGUAGUUGUUCUUAUUAUGCUUGUGUUUCUUGUGUUAAAUUCUGAUGGAUAUUUUUAUCAAAUCGAAAUCUUGAGUAAACCUCCAUCGUUCUCGUCAAACGAAUACGGGGAAUUAAAAUU